AUGCACUCCUCACCAUCGCCGGCCACCGACCUUCAAUUCAGAAACUUCACCGCAAGAUCUCCCUCCCUCACCGCCGUCCAGAUCCGAUGCCCCUCCGGGAGAUUUCAUAGCAUCCUCAACGUAGCCGCGGCAAUGGUCAACGCCUCAGACUUCGCCUCCUUGACUGGAACGCUGGUGAUCAACCACCACGAUCUAAUGGGACGGAGUCUCCGGUGUCGGCGCAGUCGUUGGCAACGAACCACGGAGAGCGAGCAACUCUCGAGCAGGGAAUCAUGUGAUCACUCGUGUGCAGACUCCACCGACUCCUCAGAGGGCGCAAAUUCAACGACUUCCUCUUCGUCGACAGCAUCAACGGUUCUCAAGGAUUGCGAUAUAUUAUGA